ACCACAGCCGAGAUGCAGAUUUCCAUGAAAACCCUUAUGGGGAAGACCACCACUCUCGAAGUUGAACCCUUGGAUACAAUAGAAACUGUAAAGGCCAAGAUCCAGGAUAAGGAAGGAAUUCCUCCUGAUCAGCAAAGACUGAUCUUUGCUGGCAAGCAACUGGAAGAUGGACAUACUCUGUCUGACUACAACAUUCACAAGAAGUCUACUCUUCAUCUUGUGUUGAGACUUUGUGGUGGUGCUAAGAAAAGGAAGAAGAAAACUGGGCUCAAAAGGAAAAAGAAGUCUUAUACAAAUCCCAAGAAGAAUAAGCAUAAGAAAAAGAAGGUUAAGCUGACUGUCCUGAAGUACUAUAAGGUGGAUGAGAAUGGCAAAAUCAGUCACCUUCAUCAAGAGUACCCUUCAGAUGAAUGUAGUGCUGGAGUUUUUAUGGCCAGCCACUUUGACAGAAUUAUUGUGGCAAGUGUUGUCUGA